AUUUCGCGGGAAUUCGCCGGUUGAAAUAACAUCUGACACAGGGUUGUCUUUGUUAUUAAAAUCGAUAAAAAUUCUUAUUAACGAAAAUGCCACCAAAGAAAAGAAAUACAGAAAGCAAAGGAAAUUCUCAAACAAAACGUAGAAAGAAGCAAAAUGAUGUUAUCGAAGAGUUUGAAGAGGAUUCCGGGGGAGAAUUGGAUAACACAAAUAAUGGCACGGAAACAGAUGAAACUUACGAUGUUACCCUUGAGGGAUCAAUGCUGACUGGGGAACUGCUGAUUAGUGGUGGAACAAACUGGGACUUGGUGGGAAGGAAAUCUCUUCCUAAAGGAGCCAAAAAUGCAGGGGGUCCCAAUCUAUGGAGGCCACAUAGGAUGAGCAGCUUGGUUGGAGUCAAAAUUAGAUCUGCAAUUUCUGGAUGUACAGCUUGUCACAGCGUUAUUAUUACAGCAGAUGGAAAAGCAAUGACAUUUGGUAGAAAUGAUUGUGGACAGCUAGGUCAAGGCGACUUAAACAGAAGAGAUCUUCCAACAGAGGUACCACUACUUCAGGGACUUAACAUAGUGGAUGCAUGCUGCGGAAAAAACCAUACAUUGUUUCUAACAGACAAAGGUCAUGUAUAUGCAUGUGGAGACAACAAAAUGGGACAACUUGGAUUGGGUCAUCAAAGCAGCACUGUUCUGGUUCCAACAAAGAUAUCAUAUAAAGGACCUCCGGUCAGGAAAGUUGCAGGUGGGGGAGAAUUUUCAAUGAUGGCUGACAUCAGAGGAAACCUAUACUCCUUUGGUUGUCCUGAAUAUGGUCAGCUAGGUCACAAUACAGAUGGGAAGUAUUUCGUCACUAGCAACAAGAUGUCCUUCAGAUGCGAGACUCGUCCUCGUAAGGUCAAUGUAUUCAUUGAGAAGGCACGAGACGGCCAUAUUGUCCCUGUCACUGAUGUAGAGGUCAGAGAGCUGGCCUGUGGAGCCAAUCACACGGCAAUCAUCGAUUCAAAGAAAAGAGUGUUCACCUGGGGAUUUGGUGGAUACGGACGACUUGGCCACGCUGAACCGAAGGAUGAAAUGGUUCCUCGCCAUCUCAAGUUUUUUGAUGGGCCUAACAGAGGGGCAACACAAAUACAUGCAGGCUCUACCUUCACUUUGGCCACAAAUGAAUAUGGGGCAUUGUACAUGUGGGGCAUAAACAAAGCAGUAGGAGAAGCCGCAAUGUAUCCCAAACUUGUCCAAGACCUGAGUGGGUGGAGAAUCAGAAGUGUUGGGUGCUGCAACAAAAGUAUUGUGGUGGCAGCAGAUGAAAGUCUGAUAUCUUGGGGGCCAAGUCCAACAUAUGGAGAGCUGUGUUAUGGAGAAGACAAAGCCAAAUCAUCCACAACUCCCCAGGAAGUGAAGACCCUGUACGGGGGAUACAUUCAAUCGGUCGGCUGUGGAUACGGACACACAUUACUUAUCUUCCGAGCAGACUCUGAGGAGGACAAGGUGAAGAUCGAAAAAAUCAAUGUGUUUACCCCAUAAAGGGGCUCUUGUGAACAGUAGGGACACCAUUGAAUCAUGUAUAUAUUAUAGAUGUAGUUACUGAACAAAAAAACCCAUUGAAUCAUACUGAUAUUGAUUGCACAUUUGUUCUACCUCUUCUUGGUAUUGACAUUAACAAAAUCCUGCAAUAAUCAUUGUUUUCUUUAUAGAUAUGUCAAUCACUGUUGUUAUCAUCUUGAGUAGUCUUUUUGUUGUGUUGUUUGUUUGUUUUUUUUUGCAUGAUUGUUUUUUAUAAAAUGAAUUUUUCUUCUAUUUCUCUCUCUCCAGUAUUUUGUAUAAACUGUGGUGCAAUAGUGGUAUGUCUAGAGGUUAAUUUUAGUUAAAGAAGAUAGUGAUUCAACUGUAAGCAAUUAAGCAAAACAUGUUAUCUACAGUAUAUUGAUGUAUUGUACUUUGACAGUGUUAAUAAAAUGUUCAUUAGGCCAUAAUUUUUUUUAUUAGUUGUUUUUCAAGACUUUUUUGAGAAAGAAAUUUGGCUGGUAGGUUGAGAAAAAAAAUGUAAAGACCCAUUUUUACAAACUUUAAAUGUUACAGUAAUACAACCAUUGAAUUGCAUCCAACAUCCAAAAAAAUUUAUAACAGAUUCAAUGUGAAUUUGCUAUUUAAAAUCUUAUUCAACAAAUCUUGUGUAAUAUGUAUGCUGAUUUUUCUUGUGAUUUGAUGGUUUUGAUGAAUUCAUUUACUCGACACCUCAAGCAAAAUUUUUCCCCCCAAUUUCUGAAAAUCUGGGUUGGUCGGUCUUGAAGCCCAACUAAUUAAAAACAAAUGUUCAAUAUGAUAGCUUUACAACUAUUAAUUGAAGAUUUCUCUGGUAUAUUGUGCAUCUAAAAAUGUUUGAAACACAUAAUAUUUUUGCAUUUUAUAGAAAAUGGUAACCAAGCUAUUGCUUAACUUAAUAAAAUGUGUGCUAAUUAUACAGGUUACAAUUGGUUGUUGUUCUAAAUCUAAACUAUAUCUUAUUUGAGAUUCUUAAGAAAUUAUGUAGCUGUAAUUGUAUUUUUUAAACACCUUGCCACUUGUGUCACUUCUGUUUUAUUAAAAUUUGUAUCCAUUUGAAAUCAAAACCAGUCUAUAUGUGUAUUACACCACCAUUUUUCCCCAUUCCUUCUCAAUAGUUAAGCAGUACGCUUGUUAGUGAAGAAUGAAAACAACUGGCAGAUACAGUAUAUCAAUUAAAAACAUGCAGAAAUUUGAAAAUUUAUCAAGUAUUCACCUGUUUCAGACAUUUUUAUACCCACCCAAUGAAAAUUAGUUUGCUCUAUAGUGUGUUUUUUGUAUUUUCCAGCAUAUAUAGACUGCAUUUUUAUUAUAUAUUUAUUCACCAAAUUUUUGUAUACAUAUAUUUUUAGUUUGUUUUCAUAGAAAGUCAGGGAAACAUUUGAUCAUGCUGUCAAUUUCUUUUUGUUAAGAGUUAAUUUUGUUUAAUUAAAAAAAGGUUCCAAAUCUAUUUUGUCAAAUUUUUUGCAAAACAUAUUGCCACUGAUUUUUCUGUGCUACAUUUUGAAAGAAAACUUUCCCAUGUACUAGCUCAAUAUUAAUCGAAAAUAGAAAUAAAAUUAUAUCAAUAUGGAA